AUGACCAAUUCCCCCCCUUCGAGGAAGAGCCAAUUGCUGUCGAGUCCUGAGGGCGGCCUUAUCUCGAGAUUUCUCUUUGACGGCCGAAAUAAUGAGCUGAACCACCAAAAUGCGCUGGCCGCCGCUCAGGCAGAGCACAAACGCGUGCGAGAAGCCGCUAUUCGGGUUUUUGAGCUCCAUGAGCUUCGAGAAGAGCAUCAACGACUUCUAGCGUUGGAGCGCAAGGAGCAAGAAAGAUUAAGGGCGGAGGCGGCUAUAGUCGAGGAAGAGAGAAGGCUUCGAGAGCUCAAGGCUAAGACGGUGCCUAAACUUCCUCCCGAACCAGUGCCAGAACCGCCCAAGAAGGUAGAGCCGUUGCCAGUUCAACAACCGGUUGCUGCGAAGCCUCAGGAACCUAUCAAGCAGAACCUUUUCCAGACGAAGCAACAGCCGGCACCAAAUGGCACCGCCCCCCAGGUAAAUGGCUUUCUGGGAGCGCAAACCAAACCGGCCACGGGCAAUCUUUUUGCACCCACCACCGCGUCAAAAGUUGAGAAUCGCUUAGCACCAACAAAACUGACGACUCCUGCCGCCCAACCACCCGCCGCGCAGAUUCCGGUGGCCCGCCCUCCUCCGGCGCAGAAAAAUGCCCUAGCAGACCGAUAUGUCGAAAUUCACAAAGAGCUAAAGAAGCUGCGACAGGUGCUGCAGGCCGAAGCAAAGGUGCCCGGGUCCCCUCUGAAGGGCAAGAUGGGAACCUAUCGAAGAGAAAUUCGAGUCUCCAUCGGACAGCUUACAGCGGGCAAAGGAGCCAACGCACAACCUAUAGCCAAAAUCACAAUGGCACUCACAGAUGCACUCACUGGUAAAGUACCUAGCGCUCCCAUUGAAGUGGGCCGCUUUACCGUGAGACAGAGAGAGCCAGCUGCAGGCGCUGCAAACAACGACGCGACCUUGCCUUCUCUCUUCAUCUACUUAUUGAACAUUUGCGCCAAGGGCAUCAUUAGUCAGUUCAUCAAUGAGUGCAGUGCGAAUCCUAAAGCUGCAGAUCCAAUCGGCGUCUUCACAGCCCAGAUAUUUUCUCAGAAGGAAUUUCAAUGGCGCGGUGAAUCUCUGAUUGACAUCCUCAUGGCCAAGUUCCGAGUCGUGUGCCCGGUCUUGUUCGGCUUGAGAGGAAGCGAUAAAACCGAAAGGGGGAGACAGACCAUAGGAUGGAAAAAGGAUGGCCCUGGGUACAUUACAGAGCAGACUCACAACGAUAGGAUGACUGGUCUGGGUACCGGUUUCGCAUCGAUUUCCCUCCGCGACUUCAGCAAGACGUCCAAAGCGAAUCCGUAUACACCAGUCAACUACUGGACGGCGCUGGCCGGCAUUGUCAACUCUGCUCCGAAUGAGACUUCGAACACACAAUAUGUGGUCUUGAGAGCCAUGAUUGAAGGCCACGAGCAGCGGUUUCUGAAUUUCUACGGCAACGCUGCCAUUGCUGCGUUGCGCCUCGCGUUGAUCGAGUUCCCCAAGAGAGCACCAACGAACGCUGCCGCAGCGCAAUCACUACGUGCCAUGGUAGAACUUCUUCGCACUGAAGGACUUGUCUUGAACUGA